CAGACAGAGCAGGGACGAAACGAUACAUGGUGCUCUGUGGAGCGACAUGGUACUUUACAUAAAGCUGCAUCUUAAGAGACCAAACCUGAGGUGACAAUGUCUCCAGGGGUGGUGGUACUUUGCACAGACUUUACCCAACUUUUACGUCAGUGAGACACUCGGUUCUACACCCACUGCUUACAUGACUAACUUGCUUCGGCUGUUAUAUGGUGGUCACUCUCGGAUGGGAAGCAUAUAAAAUACUGUGUAUGUUAAUUAACCACGCGAUGUCAUUAGCGUUUUGGACUCCUCCCCCCCACUAGACUUUUAUAGAUGUCGUCAGUGUUUUAAAUAUCUCCCCCCCCCCUCGGGUUUUCAGUGUCGUCAAAGAAGGAGGUUUACCUGUUUGCUAUGACGUAAUAGCAACGGCGUUCCUCACCGCAAAACCAACGACAAAGCAGACGGCGGGAAGUUUGUGCCUGUUUUCGGUGAGACUAUUGUCGUCAUGAGUGACAUAGAAGGCCUUCGUCUCCUGUCAUCUCUAGACCUAUCUGCAGUUUCCAUCCAGGUCUCUCACGUCACACGCCAGGGCGGGAGAAAAACGUAAAAACAAAACAAAACAAAAUAAAUACGCCCUCUUAAAAUUUCUAGCCUACGGAUCCUAGAGGCUCGAGUAUUGAGGGCCGAUCCUAUUUGUGCGCACAUAUAUAACGGAGGAGCAAAAUGGUAGUGUUGUCAAGCCCCAUCUCACCUCUCGCACGAUUCUUGUCGUUUGAUCGAUCAUCAGAACCUGUCAGCAAUCACAACCAGAAAAGAUAGAAAAGAGAAAGAAACUAGGCAAGAAAAGCUGACAGAAAAAGAAAAACUACCAAGAGAGGCAACGGAAUUUGUAGCUAGCUCGAAAGCCAGUCAAAGAACUAGAGAAUCGGUUCAGGAGAGCUCUACUUCUGAGGGCUCGUAAAACCACAUUACCGAAAGAACUUGAUUGUAGUUGUUGGAAACAAAAUUGAAAAUUGAACACCAAGGGGCAUUUCUGGAAAAAGAAAGGUGUAGACCAGCAGUGUUUGAAGGAUUUGAUAUUGUGAAUGUAAGUGAAUUGUUGGAAAGUACAUAAACCAUGACAAUGUCUGUUUUCCGGGAGACCAAGCUACACAUCGCAGCUUUUGUAGCGCUGGUCCUGGUCCUGUCCCAGCUUGCGACAUGCCAGAAGAACAUCGGGAGGCUACAGACCAACAAGCUCAGAAACGUGUGUGACCGCCACUGGGAAGUGAUCUACUCACACGACGAAGGCGGAAAUGCCACAUUCGGUGACAAGCGCCUGCUGCGCAAUAUGGCCAUGACAGGAAGUUACAUCAAAGCUCAUCUCUACAUGCCGGACCACAUUCUACAACUGACGGCAGACAACAUAAACAAACGUGGAGAUGAGCUUUGCUUCCAAUCGUUACGAGCCCUGGCUCACAACGGAAGUCACGUGGACACAGAGGAUCCCUUGCUCUACUUCAUGGUGUGCACCACUGGCGCUGUCACUGAGAGGGGCACCAAUCAUACCAGCGUGUUCCGGGUGGCCAUAGAAUGGUACGUCAAGGAAAUCAGUUCCGAGAUGGAGCCGGUGUACUCAAACUUUAUCGACGGCUCCCCUGUGAAUCCUGACGGGAUAGUCGCCCUGCACGAGGCGGCUAAACACAUGAAUCUGUUGGGUGCCAUGAGAGACAAACCGUACCUCUUUCCGCUACACAAUGUCGUCCUUGACCCUGAGACAGGAGAGGUCAACGGUCAGAAUGUCAUGCACAUGGGACAGACGUAUGCGGACAUCUGCUGGCGCCACGUAUACACUAACGACGCUAACGGCUUUGACGAAUUCGGAACUGUGGAAGAGCUUAUCGACUACAUCAACAAAGGUCACCGGGUCAGAGUUCGAGUUGAUGACAUGUCCAUGGAGGUCAGCAAUGUGAGGGUCAAGGACAACAUUGUCGCAGCUCAGCUAUUGAACGAAGUCUCGCGUGUCGGGGGAUACGGGCAGGAUAGGUACCAUAUCGAGUCUGACACACGCGCCAAGUUCUCCAUCGUGCACACGACGGGCAAAGUCAUCUGUCACGAGUACCUUGUGGGCUCUACAAGCAGGAAGAUUAACCGUCCCCGUCGUAGAAGCAUUGAGUGGAUGGUCGACACUCGGCCCUGGAGGGUGCUGCUCCAAACAUCAGACCCUCCCGGCCAGGUGCUGAGGGGUUCCCAGUUCGAACUCCAAGAGGCUAUCAUGCAAGGGGCGUCUAUCCGUCUUAACGUCGUGCUCGAUCCCCUGGAAGGGUCCUUCUUCACACAAGCCAACAACCUCCGACUGGACAUGCUGACAAACACGAUCUACGCCCAGGCCAUGGACCACAUGAGUGACAAAAAGUCCAGCGUGCCCGGAGAGUACGAGUUCCAAAGAAGUCUCUUCCGGUGGUACCUGCUCAUCUCCUCCGAGGGCCCAGUGCGCAUGACCGCCUGGAACUACGGCUCAGACACCUUCAAGUACGACGAAAGCGCGCUGCAAGUGGAGGUCACGUGGUAUGCUAAUGUCUAGUGGAACAGGGUCAGUUGUGUCUGGAAAGCGACGAUUGGUCUGACGUCGUUCAAAACUGACAAAAACAACAGCAACAACAUUCUCCUUGGAAAUAAUUCACGAAACAAGAAAAGAAGAACUCAAAAAAAAUCCAUCGCCUCACUGUGAGCAUGGCAGAGAGAAACCUGGGAAGAGAGUUAACUGCCCCUCCUGAGAUAUUGACGCUCGCACGUUUCACCGAAACAUGUCUGCCAGUUUGGAAUAAAAUCGACUUUUACCAGACUGGUGUGACUGAAAACUUCAUCAUUUUUGUUACAAUGAAGCACUCCGACGUCGAUGACUAUUCUGUUACUGUUUACCGUUCGCUCCACCUCUUUCUGUGAGUUUGAAGGAAUCAAAAUUGAAUACCCCUCCCCUUCCUUUUCAGCCGACGAAAGAAGCUGAUUGAUGAGAAUUGUCCCAUCUGCUAAAUAACUCUCACAUUAUGAAGUACAAAGAUUAUUGUAAUGGCAAAUGGAGGCAUAGCGAUAUAACAGUAACGUUUUACAGAAUCCCUUACCCAGAUAAUGCUCUCAACAUGUUCUUUCGAAAUAAUCUGUGCCUUUUCUCCCCAACUUAGAAUUUUCUUUCUCCUUGUUUAAGAAAAUUCUGUUGUAGCGCCUUUCUUCUAUUAAUUUGUGUGUCGAAGUAUUUUUGUUGUUUGUAGCAGGUUGUCAAAUGUGUCUGUUUUCAAUUCGAACAAAAUUCUUGGAAACCACCUUGACAGACAGUUUCUAUUUUUCUCACUUUAUAAUAUGUGUAACCGUUAAGAAGCCUGCGCGUGUCAUCUGGAAAUCCAACCAAGACAGGGUAAAAUCUGUUGGUAUUUAGCAAAUUGAUAUAAUUAAGGAACCGGCUCUGCCUGUAAGGUAACGUUUUCAAUACGUUACCUGCAUCACUAUUGUUAUAGCUAUUGUUUGUGUCUGCAUUUAUAAUUGUAUAUAGUACUCAUGAACUAAUUUAUUUUUAUUUGCCUUCAGUGGAUCUUUUUUAUGUGGUAGUAUUUUGGGUUUGUAUAUCAUUUUUCAGUUUCAUUUAAAGCACUCCCUUGAAAGCUUGAUUCUGGAAGCUUUGGUGACGGGGCAACUCUUUAUUAGAUACACUGAAACAGUCACACUAAA